CUCAUGUGCAUUUCCACCCAGAUGCUGGGUUUUGGCAUGGCCGGCUUCUUCACCCGCUUCCUCGUCACCCCUGCCUCCAUGAUCUGGCCUACGAAUCUCAUCAGCACGUCACUAUUCACAGCCUUGCACGACAAAAGCAAGCCCGACCCCGCCAAGACGUCUGGCUGGACCAUGGGCAAGUACCGCUUUUUUAUGAUAGUCAUGGUUGUUUCGUUUUUCUGGUAUUGGUUUCCCGGAUACAUCGCGCCUUUCCUCAGCGUCUUUGCCUGGGUCACCUGGAUUCGCCCCAAUAACGCUAUCAUCAACCAGAUCUUUGGUGGUUGGACCGGGCUAUCGCUGAUCCCCAUCACCUUCGACUGGACUCAGAUUUCCGGCUUCAACUUCAGCCCUCUCAUCGCCCCGUGGCACGGUAUCGCCAACACCCUGAUCGCCUGCGUUUUGUGGUACUGGAUUAUCACCCCGGCUCUUCACUAUAGCGGCCUCUUCUAUGCCAAGUAUCUGCCGAUCAGCGACUCAAACAGCUAUGAUAACACGGCCCAACGCUACAAUGUCUCUCGCAUUAUCACUCCCCAGUUCACUUUUGACUACGAAGAGUACAAGAGGUACUCGCCUCUUUUCCUGUCCACCACCUUCGCCCUCAGCUAUGGUUUGUCGUUUGCUUCGAUGAUUGCCCUCCUUGUGCAUACCGCCCUCUUCCAUGGCAAGGACCUCAUCCAGCGGAUCAAGAACUUGGGUAUGGAAGAGGAGGAUAUCCACCAGCGCCUAAUGUCCCGCUUCAAGCCUGUUCCUUGGUGGUGGUACGGUGCGGUGUCUCUCGUCAUGAUUGGAAUAGCUCUCGGUGUCACCCAAGGCUACGACACCCAUCUCAGUUGGUGGGCGUUUUUCAUUUCCCUUAUCAUCGCGGUUGUCUGGUUUGUCCCUUGUGGCAUUGUCCAGGCGAUGACCAACAUCCAGAUCGGGUUGAAUGUCAUUACCGAAUUCAUCGUCGGCUACAUGCAACCAGGAAAGCCCAUGGCCAUGAUGCUGUUCAAGACAUAUGGCUACAUUAGCAUGUACCAAGGCCUUUUCUUCCUUCAGGAUAUGAAACUGGGUCACUACAUGAAGAUCCCCCCUCGUGUCACCUUCAUGGCUCAAAUGAUUUCCUGCCUCUGGAGCUCGAUCGUUCAGAUUUGCGUCAUGAAUUGGGCUCUCGGUGCCAUCUCCGAUAUAUGCCAGCCUCAGCAAAAGAAUAGAUACACAUGUCCCAACGGUCGUGUCUUCUUCAACGCCUCCAUUAUCUGGGGUGUCAUCGGUCCCAAGCGCAUCUUCUCGGGUGGCCAGAUCUACAAUCCGCUCAUGUACUUCUUCCUUGCUGGCUUCCUUUUGCCCAUCGCUGUUUAUCUAGUCGCCCGCAAGUGGCCACGCAGCCCCGCCCGUUACAUCAAUGCUCCCAUUAUCUUCGGUGGUACCGGUUUGAUUCCACCCGCAACGCCGCUGAACUAUCUUUCCUGGGGUAUUGUCGGUUUCAUAUUUAACAAGCUGAUCCGCGAUCGCUACCGCGGUUGGUGGUCCUACUACAACUUCAUCACUUCUGCUGCUCUGGAUGUCGGUCUCAUGCUGUCAACCAUUCUCAUCUUCUUGGCGCUCUUCAUGACCAACACUUCCUUCCCGUCCUGGUGGGGUACGUCUAUUGCUGAAAACACAAUGGAUGCAUCCGGAACUGCAAUUCGGGUCACCCUGCCCCCUGGGGAACAGUUUGGUCCAAAGUCCUGGUCGUAGAUGUGUUAUCAUCCCUCGUCAGACCACCCUUUUUUUAUUUUUUUAUUUGAAAGACGACGGUACAGUUGCAGCUACCUUACUUCAUAAUGAUCUAGCGUUGUUUUGAUCAAGUGAUAUGCUCGUCUUUCAGGACACGUUUAUGAGACACUGUUGAUCUCCUCCCUUGCUUCACAAUUUCUUCGCAUUGUUGGAUUCCCUUUUCCGUUACAAUGUAACGUAAUGACUCUAGUCAAAAUGAAUAUAUAUAAUCAAUCCACUUU